UAUAAAAUUUGAUUGGAAGCUUCCAACCCAAAUGAAUUUAUUAGAGAAUUAUGCUUCCAACCCUUCCAAAAGUGCUUCCAAGGGUGCUUCCAAUCUUCCAAGUGCACAUCACUGCACUAGGGAAUGGAAUCAAUUUUUAAUCGCGAUUAUCGUUACUCAAGAUUCGACUCGUAAGAUUCGAUUUUCGAUUAAUCGAAUAUAA